GGGGGGGCGAGCGGGGCAUGAAGAUGGCGGACGCCAAGCAGAAGCGGAACGAGCAGCUGAAGCGCUGGAUCGGCUCCGAGACCGACCUGGAGCCUCCCGUGGUCAAGCGCAAGAAGACCAAGGUGAAGUUCGACGACGGCGCCGUCUUCUUGGCCGCCUGCUCCAGCGGAGACACCGAGGAGGUGCUGCGACUGCUGGAGCGGGGCGCCGACAUCAACUACGCCAAUGUGGACGGGCUCACCGCUCUCCACCAGGCAUGUAUAGAUGAUAACGUAGAUAUGGUGAAGUUUCUGGUGGAAAAUGGAGCAAAUAUUAAUCAACCAGAUAAUGAAGGCUGGAUACCUCUACAUGCAGCUGCUUCCUGUGGAUAUCUUGAUAUAGCAGAGUAUUUAAUUAGUCAAGGAGCACAUGUAGGAGCUGUAAAUAGUGAAGGAGACACUCCAUUAGAUAUUGCUGAAGAAGAGGCAAUGGAAGAGCUGCUUCAGAAUGAAGUAAAUAGACAAGGGGUUGAUAUAGAAUCAGCUCGAAAAGAAGAAGAGCGAAUAAUGCUAAGAGAUGCAAGACAGUGGCUCAACAGCGGCCAUAUAAAUGAUGUCAGGCAUGCAAAAUCUGGUGGCACAGCACUUCAUGUAGCUGCUGCUAAGGGCUAUACAGAAGUCUUAAAGCUUUUAAUACAGGCUCACUACGAUGUAAAUAUUAAAGAUUAUGAUGGCUGGACACCACUUCAUGCUGCUGCUCACUGGGGUAAAGAAGAAGCAUGUCGCAUUUUAGUGGAAAACCUAUGUGAUAUGGAGGCUGUCAACAAAGUGGGUCAGACAGCGUUUGAUGUGGCAGAUGAAGAUAUUCUAGGAUAUUUAGAAGAGUUACAAAAGAAGCAGAAUCUGCUUCAUAGUGAAAAACGUGAAAAGAAAUCUCCCCUAAUUGAAUCUACAGCCAACCUGGAUAAUAAUCAGACACAGAAAACAUUCAAAAAUAAGGAGACAUUGAUUAUAGAGCAAGAAAAGAAUGCAUCUAGUAUAGAGUCUCUGGAGCAAGAGAAAGGAGAUGAAGAGGAAGAAGGAAAGAAGGAUGAAUCCAGUUGUUCUAGUGAAGAGGAAGAAGAUGAUGACUCAGAAUCUGAAGCAGAGACAGAUAAGACUAAAACCUUGGCAGCUAAUAAUGCAAAUACCACAAGUACACAAUCAGCAUCGGUAGCUGUGAUGGCGCCUUCAGUAGCUGGUGGCCAAGGGGCACCUACAUCACCUGUUAAGAAGUUUCCAACAUCUACAACCAAGGUUUCUCCCAAAGAUGAAGAGAGGAAAGAUGAAUCUCCUGCUUCAUGGAGGUUGGGUCUCAGAAAAACUGGUAGUUAUGGUGCACUUGCAGAGAUAACUGCUUCCAAAGAAGCUCAGAAAGAAAAGGACUCUGCAGGUGUCAUGCGUUCUGCAUCAAGUCCUAGACUUUCCUCUUCACUGGACAACAAAGAAAAGGAGAAAGAUGGAAAAGGAACUCGACUCGCAUAUGUUGCACCUACAAUACCAAGACGGCUGGCCAGUACCUCUGACAUUGAUGAAAAAGAAAACAGGGAUUCGUCUGCUAGUUCAAUACGUGGUGGCAGUUCCUACACCAGGAGAAAAUGGGAGGAAGAUGUCAAGAAGAACAGUUUGAAUGAAGGUCCUACAUCAUUAAACACAAGUUAUCAAAGAAGUGGCUCCUUUGGUAGAAGACAAGAUGAUUUGAUAAGUUCUAAUGUUCCAAGUACUGCAUCAACAGUUACCUCUUCUACUGGUCUUCAGAAAACGCUGCCUGCCAGCACAAACACUACUACGAAGAGUUCAACAGGUUCUACUUCAGCAGGCGUACAAAGCAGUACCUCAAAUCGUUUGUGGGCUGAGGAUAGUACUGAGAAAGAAAAGGACAGUGUUCCUACAGCAGUGACCGUUCCUGUUGCACCAUCUGUUGUAAAUGCUGCAGCCACUACCACAGCCAUGACUACAGCUACUUCUGGCACUGUGUCCUCAACAUCAGAGGUCAGGGAGAGACGGAGAUCAUACCUCACUCCAGUACGGGAUGAAGAGUCUGAGUCCCAGAGAAAAGCUAGAUCCAGGCAAGCAAGACAGUCUAGAAGAUCUACACAGGGUGUAACACUGACAGAUCUUCAAGAAGCUGAAAAAACUAUAGGAAGAAGUCGUCCUACACGAACCAGAGAACAGGAAAAUGAAGAAAAAGAAAAGGAGGAGAAAGAAAAGCAAGACAAAGAGAAACAAGAAGAAAAGAAAGAAUCUGAAACUAAAGAUGAUGAUUAUAGACAAAGAUAUUCCCGAACUGUUGAAGAGCCGUAUCAUCGCUAUAGACCAACUUCAACUUCAUCUUCUUCAUCAUCCACCUCUUCGCUCUCCACCUCCACUAGCUCUCUAUCAAGUUCAAGUCAGCUAAACAGACCAAACAGCCUUAUAGGUAUAACUUCUGCCUAUUCUCGGAGUGGAACAAAGGAAAGUGAGAGAGAAGGAGGCAAAAAAGAAGAAGAGAAGGAAGAAGAUAAGUCACAGCCUAAGUCUAUAAGGGAAAGACGGAGACCAAGAGAAAAACGACGAUCUACAGGAGUUUCUUUUUGGACUCAGGAUAGUGAUGAAAAUGAACAGGAUCAGCAAUCUGAUUCAGAAGAAGGAACAAAUAAGAAAGAGACUCAGAGUGAGAGCCUUUCAAGAUAUGAUACGGGAUCGCUCAGCAUGUCUGCAGGUGAUCGUUACGAUUCAGCGCAGGGGCGAUCGGGAUCACAGAGUUAUCUGGAAGAUCGAAAACCAUACUGCAGUAGACUAGAAAAAGAUGAUAGCCCUGAUUUUAAGAAGCUUUAUGAACAGAUUCUAGCUGAAAAUGAAAAACUGAAAGCACAGUUACAUGACACCAACAUGGAACUUACAGAACUUAAGCUACAGUUGGAGAAGACCACUCAGAGACAAGAAAGAUUUGCUGACAGAUCACUCCUGGAAAUGGAGAAAAGGGAAAGAAGAGCACUAGAAAGAAGGAUAUCUGAAAUGGAAGAGGAACUGAAAAUGCUACCAGACCUGAAGGCAGACAACCAGAGGCUAAAAGAUGAAAAUGGGGCCUUGAUCAGAGUUAUAAGCAAACUUUCCAAAUAAAGGGUUUACUACAGCAGCAAGUAACGGUAUUGCACAUCACUAGUAACUCCAGUGGACCAUGGUAUGGCAGUCACUGGAAAUGUGGGAAGAUCCUUCGGAGAUUGUCAUUUUCAGAUAUCCUGCCAAACACCCUCUUACCUGUGUGUUUUUUUGUAUCAAGAUCAUUGUUUCUGUUAAAAUGCAGCUGCUGAGAAGAUAAAAUGACUGAAAAAUCUUGUUUACAGCCACAGCAUAAUAAGGAAAGUAUUCAAGGCCAGAUAC